AUGCUCCAUUCUCGCCUCCGACCCCUCCCCCGCCGCAAUGCGGUCCCAAGCGCCCCGAGCGCCCCAACGCCAGAAUUCGAGAACGAAGACCUCGAACUCGACGAGUCCCCAGAGGAUCUCUUCAGCGCUUUCAUUGCCCACUUCUACCCCGGCUCGGGCAAUCCCUCUGAGGAGACUGUCGCCCCACAGCCAAAGGGAGACGAAUCCAUAAACCAGGUUGAUGCGGGGCGCAAGCUCUUCGCGCACUUCCUGUGGAGUGCUGGAAUGGUAGUUGCGGAGGGUGUUGAGAUGGCCGAUGAGCCGGGCCCAGAAGGCACCGAGGCAAGGGACAUCUGGGCGGUUGAAGGGGAAAGUGUAUUGGAGUUGGGUGCUGGCGCCGCUCUACCAUCCGUUGUCUGUGCGCUGGCUAAAGCAUCUAAAGUUGUCAUAACGGAUCAUCCGUCUUCGCCUGCGUUCUGUGGUGCAAUCGCUCACAAUAUCGAGCACAAUCUUUCCCGUACUCCGGCCAAGGGGAAUAUUUCGAUGCAGCCGCAUGAAUGGGGUGUUUUGGACGAUGCUUUCUCCACACAACAUAAGGGUACCUUUUCUCGAAUCAUCGCCGCGGAUUGCUUCUGGAUGCGGUCUCAGCAUGAGAACAUUGCGCGCACAAUGCAAUGGUUCCUUUCUCCUGGUGGAAAGGUGUGGGUUGUUGCUGGGUUCCAUACGGGCCGGGCCACUGUAGCCGGGUUCUUCAACACGGCCCUUGACAAUGGAUUUGUCAUUGAGCGGAUCUUUGAAAGGGAUCUCGUCGGCAAACUCGAAGAUGGCAGCGAGAUCCGCAGAGAUUGGGUUCCAUCCCGCGAGGGAGAGGGAGUAGAGAACAAGACGAGAUGGUGUGUCGUUGCUGUACUCAAGAGGAAGGAAGAGUAA